GAACUGAAGAGCAGGAAGUCAGAUCAAAGCGAGCGUGGACUGAAUGAAUGAGAGGAGAACAGAAACUCUGAAAAGAAGUCGCCUGUAGACACUGUCCUACAACAUCAGAUUCUCGUUUAACUUGGAUAAGGAAAGAAUGGAUCAUUUGUGUCUGAAAGAGGAAGAAAAGCCCUCAAAAAUUGAUGCGCUGCAGCUGAAUGCAGAAGGAAAAACCCACACUUUCCAGUUCCGUAUCAAAAGUGGAGAGAUAAAUAAAGUUGUAUGUGAUACAUCCAAAACUGUAUUUGGAGCAAUUCAUGAUGAUGAUGAAUUUAAAAGUUGUAAUAAGGAGGGGAAAGAAAUAAUAAUCCGAAGAUCCAAAGGACAAAACCAUGAAGCAGCUGUGAAGACAGAUUUCCCCUGCUGUCUCAUUGAAGAGGAUGAGACCUUACAAAUAAACUUCUACAAAGUUGAAAAAUGUGCAUCUACAAACCAGGAAACAACUACAGAGACUGACCCUAAAAGCCUAGUCACCUUUUACAUCAGGACGAGAGGGAUGACAAGGAAAAAAAUAAUGAAGAGCAGUGUUUUUUUGGAGAACAACAUUGACUAUGUUUGUGUAUUUGCACACAAAGGAGACACUUUUAAAAAGGCUCUUCAGCAUGAUGGAAGAUUUAUUGAUGACAUUUUUGACAAAGCUUGUAAACUCGUUGAUGAUGAAAAAAAGAACAAUCAAUUAAAUUUGAAAGUAGAUUUUAGUGAUGGCAAGAAAUACGAGUUAAAGUUAAAUGUUAAACGUAAAAAGCCACAAGUGCCUGCAAGUAGUGACAAAACUGAACAAAAAGCAAUUCAAGAGAAAAAGACAAAGGUCACAGAUCCUUCAACUGAAGGACAUGCAACUCAGAAUACUUCUGGAAAUUCUUCUGGUGAUUCUGGAAAUUCAUUCUUCACUGACAUUAAGAAUAUUCUAGAGACUGUACUGAAAGAUGUAUUGAAUCAGCUAAAACAACAAGACAACCCCCAGGUUCAAGAGUUCUUGCAAAAAGAUUAUGAUAAAGGUGUUGUUGAGUGUUUCACUGAGGUGAACAAAGUAAGGCAGAUCAUAGAGCUGUCUGACUCUGUGUGUGUGAUCAGAGUUGAUGAUUCUCCCAAAGGAACCGGCUUCUUACUCUUUGACAGAUUCAUCCUCACUAACGCUCAUGUUGUUAAGAAGUUUGUUUAUUCCCCACAAGAGGCUCCUCACACACUUAAGCUUUCAGGGACUCUGACAGCUAAGUUUGAAGUUUUUGGAUCUGAGGCAAACAUUCUGCCAGUAAAGAGUGACCUUAUUGCUUACGGUUUUGAAGAUGAUGACAGGCGUAGGUGGCAUGAUUUUGCUCUUCUAGAACUGAACACAGUUAAACCUGAUAACUGUACUGAAUUGCUCAGUUGCUAUAAGCAUGCCAACUCUCCUAAGCGUGGUGGGAUCUACAUUGUGGGACACCCAGGUUGUGGGGUUAAGAAGAUGGACCCCUGCUUCAUCAUUGGGAUUGAGAAUCAACUACAGAGUAUAAACAAACACAUAUCUGAGAAUGUUUCCUGUCCAUAUGUAUCAUGGGGAUGUUGGCCGUAUCUACAUCAGAACCGGAUUACAUACAAAUCUUGUUUCUUUCAUGGAUCUUCUGGCUCCCCGGUGUUUGAUGAAGACUGCUGUCUGAUUGGCAUGCACUCUGGUGGCUUUGAUUAUGAAGAAGGUGAAACACCUAGAAGUGUUAUAGAGUUUUCAUAUUCCAUGCAGCCCAUCCUGGAAAGUAUCAUCACACAGGUCAACAAAAGAAGUGACAUCUUAGAAUUACUCUCUAAAUUUGAAUUUAUAAAAGCAAUUUUUAAACUUGGGAAAAUUGAGGAUGUAUACGGAGCAAACGUGCCCAAUAAGGAAGAACAGCAGAGUGAAGAUGAGAAAAUGGAAAUAAAUUAAUGGGACACCUAAGCCUUAUGUCCUGAUUGAAGAUCCCACCAAUCCAUCAGUUAAAAUAUCUGACAGAAAUUUGUCAAUUCCAUAGAUUUUUUUUCUUCUUUUUUCCAUUUAUUCUAGAUUGAAGAUUUUUGUUUUUAGUAAUUUUUUUAAUGUUUCUUGAUGUGAUUCUGCGAUUUCUGUGUGAUCAGCGUUUUAAAGAUUUACUGGAAAUAAAGCAGCAAAAGAACAUCUGCAAAAAAGGUUCUCAGAGCUGAAUAUGAUAAAAGUGUUCCCAGUCCUCAUGUCUAUAUGGCCAUUUCUUUGGAAGGAAGUUACUGCAAAGCCUUCAUUUAUGAGAGACCUAAAAUCAGAUUUUUCAGUGUCAUGGGUUUUACUUUUCAUGUCAUUUUUUUUAGAUGAUUGCAUGUUCAUCAGCAGAGGUGUCUCUUAUUUUAAAGUCAUGUAACCCACAAGCAGGUGAUUGCAGGUUUGAUAUGUUAAGAGAGAGGAAUACUGAACAUUAUUCAUUAAUUUGAGACCAAAAAUAUGGUUAUAGGCCAUUAUUUUCUUUAUAGACUAUUAUUUUCUUUAAUUGCUCAUAUAUGCUUGUGUAUUCAUAUUUCAUUCAUACUCAUUUAACUAAUCAUUCACUGAUAUAUUCCUUAUAUGCAUGUUGGCUUGUAAUUUUUGUUUUUAUUGUUUUGUUUUUAUGCACUUUGGUUCACCUUGAGUGUUUUAAAGGGCUAUAUACACUAUCGUUCAAAAUUUUGGGGUCAGUAAGAUUUUUUAAAAGAAGUAUCUUCUGCUCACCAAGCCUGCAUUUAUUUGAUUAAAAAU